AUGCGGGAGGAAGAGCGCCGGACGCUGGAGAGCGCGCACGACGUCGUUACGACGGACGACUAUCGCGCGUGGACGCGACGGUGCGAGAAGUGUCUCGCGACUCUGCGCGAGAGGUGCCUGGACGCGAGUCGUCGAAUCUCCACGGGGGCGAGGACCUCUCAGGUCGCCCGAAUCCUGCGAGUGAUCGGCGCGAGGAACGAUCUACGGCGACGCUUCGAGCGGGAGGGCGCGGGUGUCGCGAGACGCGAGGACGACGGCGGUAGCGGGGUCGAGUCGCGCGAGGGAUUCUCGUGGUCCGAGGUCGAGACGGCUUUCAAGAGACGCGUGUUGACCGGCGCUGUGAUAAAUCUCGAUUACAUCGAACCUCUGAGAUUUCUCGAGGACGCGAGGGACACCGUGCUCCGCCGCGUGCGCGACGUCAUGGGCCGAUAUCGCAGCGUUAAAGUGAACACGACGUUCAACGGAGAAUUCGUGUCGGGCGAUAAAAUCGCCGUUAAGACGAUCGCCUCGAGAAACCAUCCCCUUCUACCCACGACGGAUCUGCGCGAGUGGUACGAUACUCGCGUCGUUGGCGAUACCGUCGCGUCUUUGGAGGAGUUUCAAGAGCGCGACAGCGGAUGGGCCCUGUCGCGCAUACUCGAUCUAACGGUGAACGUGAAUGUAUGCAUGCAUUACUUUCGCACGAGCCAGAAGCUGUCGGCGCACAGCGAGGAUUUCGGCAAGCUGAACGAUUGCGCGAUCGUUCUUCCCGGCGAGGACGACAGGUGGCUGGACUUCGAGCAUCAUUCGAAAAAGGAGCGAAUUCCGUUCGCGGUGUACGCCGAUCUGGAGUGCGCGUUGGAGAGGAAGGAGGGGGACGAGGGCGGGAGAACUAAGAAUACGCGGAUCGUUCAGCAUCACAGAGUUCACAGCGUGGCCUAUUACACGCGUUGCUCCUUCGACGACGCCGCGUCGGCGUACGGAUCUUAUUGCGGCGAGGAUUGCGUCGCGUGGUUCGUGCGCGAGCUGCGCGAUCUGGCGCUUCGCGCGAAGGUCGCCCUCGACGACGUGAUACCGAUGGCGGAUCUGACGUCCGACGAGCGGGAGACGUUCGCGGGCGCGUCGCGCUGUCACGCGUGCGAGAGACCGUUCGAGGCCGGCGACGCUCGCGUGCGCGAUCACUGUCACUUGACCGGCCGUUUCAGAGAUUCCACGUGUAAUUUGAAUUACAAGGACCCCUACGUCAUACCCGUAUUCUUUCACAAUCUAUCGGGUUACGAUGCGCACUUCAUUAUCAAGGAUGUGGCUAACGCGUAUCCCGGCAGCGUCGAGUUGUUGCCGGUGACGAAGGAAUCGUACAUAGCUUUCUCUAAGACCGUUCGAGAUAGCGCGGCGGCGGCGGCGGAGGGAGACGGGGGAAACGUCGCGCGUUCCAGAUACGUCAAAUUACGAUUCGUGGACUCGUUCAAGUUUUUAGGCGCCGGUCUCGACAAGCUGGCAUCGUAUCUCGACGAGAGCAAACUGACGAUCGCGCGAGGUGAGUUUCGCGAUUCCUCCGACGACGACUUCCGGCUUCUCACGCACAAGGGCGUGUUUCCGUACGAGUACGUCGACAGCGUCGAGAGAUUGCGGGAGACGCGUCUCCUGCCGCGCGAGUCCUUCUACAGUUCUCUGACCGGCGACACCACCGACGUUCUUCUGCUCGCGGACGUGUUCGAAAAUUUUCGCGCCGCUUGUUUGGAGAGUUACGGUUUAGAUCCCGCGUACUACUUCACGUUGCCGGGAUACACGUGGGACGCGAUGCUCAAGUACACGGGGGUCCGUUUCGAGCUGCUCACCGAUGUCGAUAUGAUGAUGUUCGUGGAACACGGAAUACGCGGCGGUCUGAGUCAGUGCUCCAACAGAUACGCUCGCGCUAACAACAAGUACAUGAGCGCGUACGAUCCGUCGCGACCGUCGAUCUAUCUGAUGUAUCUCGAUAUCAACAGUCUGUACGGUUGGGCGAUGUGUCAGCCGUUGCCGUACGAGCGAUUCGAGUGGGUCGACGACCUCGAGAGUCUCGACGUGAUGUCCGUGACGGAGGACUCGACCGUCGGCUACAUUCUCGAGGUCGAUCUCGACUAUCCGGCCGACGCGCACGACGCCGAUCUACCGUUUUGUCCCACGCGCGAUAAGCCGCCGGGGAAGCGGCAGAGCAAACUCCUAGCCACGCUGUACGAUAAGCGCCGAUACGUCACGCACUAUCGCAAUCUGCAGCAGUGCGUUCGUCACGGACGUCUGACUAGGAUUCAUCGCGCGCUGCGCUUCUCGCAAUCGCCGUGGUUACACGGAUACGUGGAACUUAACACGCGUUUACGCGCUAACGCGAGUAACGAUUUCGAGAAGAAUCUGUACAAAUUGAUGAACAACGCCGUCUUCGGCAAGACCAUGGAGAACGUGCGCAAUCGCGUGGACGUUCGACUCGCAACUCGAUGGGACGGUCGAUUCGGAGCCGAGGCGCUCAUCUCCAAGCCGAAUUUUCACAGUAGAAGUGUAUUCUCGGAGAAUCUCAUGGCCGUGGAAUUGCGCAAAUUGGAGGUGAAGAUCGACAAACCGAUCUACGUAGGCAUCGUAGAGUGCGAGGACGCGUACGAGCGAAUGAAGCGCGACAUCGAUAGAUUCGACACGAGCGAUUACGCCGUCGACAAUUCCUACGGCGUGCCGCGCGCGAAUAAGAAGGUUCUCGGUCUGAUGAAGGACGAGAACAACGGCGCUCUCAUGCUCGAGUUCGUCGGACUCAGAGCGAAGAUGUACGCGUUGCGAGUCGAGGGUAGGGGCGACACUAAGAAGAGCAAGGGCGUGAGGAGCAGCGUCGUCGCGAGAACGUUGACGUUCGACGAUUACGAGCGCUGCCUGAGACGCGAGAUCGAAAUGACUCGCGAGCAGUCGUGCCUGAAAUCCAAGUUACACGAGGUGUACACCGUGCGCGAGUCAAAGGUCGCGCUCAGUCCGUACGACGAUAAGCGCUACGUCGUGCCGGAUUCGACCGACACUCUGCCGUGGGGGCACUACAGGAUACCUCUGUGA